UCAAAAAAAAAAAAAAAACACAACAAAAUCGCAAUUCGCAAAUCGCAAACGGCAAGCAGGAACAAAUCGCAAAUCUGAACAAAGAGAAGAAACGGCAACACCAGAGUCGCAAAUCGCAAGCAGGAACAGAAUCUGUGUUUUGGUUUAGUUGCAAAAUUCAAGAUUCUGAAAGGGAGAUUGUGUUCCGAGAAAGAUGGUUAAGUUGACUAUGAUUGCCCGUGUUACUGAUGGUCUUCCAUUGGCUGAAGGAAUGGAUGAUGCUCGCGAUCUUAAAGAUGGUGAACUUUACAAACAGCAAGUCAAGUCUUUGUUUAAGAAUCUAUCAAGAGGGCAUAAUGAGGCAUCAAGGAUGUCAGUUGAAAGUGGUCCUUAUGUUUUUCAUUAUAUUAUAGAAGGACGGGUCUGUUACUUGACAAUGUGUGAUCGGGCAUACCCCAAGAAACUAGCAUUUCAGUAUCUUGAAGAGCUCAGGAAUGAAUUUGAGCGUGUUAAUGGGUCUCAAAUUGAAACUGCUGCCAGACCUUAUGCCUUCAUUAAGUUUGACGCAUUUAUACAGAAGACAAAGAAACUUUACCAGGAUACCCAGACACAGCGUAAUAUUGCAAAGUUGAAUGAUGAACUUUAUGAAGUCCACCAGAUUAUGACUCGUAAUGUGCAGGAAGUUCUUGGUGUUGGUGAACAGUUGGAUCAGGUCAGUCAAUUGUCCAGUCGCUUAUCAUCUGAAUCCCGCAUAUAUGCUGACAAGGCUAGAGAUUUAAAUAGACAGGCUCUGAUUCGGAAAUGGGCCCCUGUUGCUAUUGUUUUUGGAGUUGUCUUUGUACUUUUCUGGCUCAAGAACAAAAUUUGGUGAUCAAGCUUAGCAUUUGACUUCCUGAACCUAGACUGUGUGGCCAUGGCUUCUUGUCUUCCUCAUAUACGACUAUCAAGAUUUAUCUGCUCAGUUUUGUGGGAACCAAACCCUACAUAAACUAGGUGAUGUCUACUUUUUGUGGACAAAUUAUGAAGAAAUAUCCUGUGUUACUUCUGAGAAAGGCUGGAUCCGACUUUCUGGAAUAGAAACAUUUUACCUCUAUAUUUAGGUGACAAGACAUGAAAAAACUGGAUUCCCUUGGGGAUGCAUAUAGACAUUUCUUCUUGCUACCCAAUUAUUUUCAGGAUUACUGUGUUAAUGAGUUAUAUAUUGGCUCCUCGAUAUUUUGUUUUUCGGCCUUAAUUUUGAACACCUGAAAUAGAACUGCAUUUUGUAUGGUUAGUAUAACGAGUUAGUGUGAUAUGUUUGUUCUUAGACUGGUAAACCCUUUUCACUUUCGUUUAUACAAGUUUACUUGCACUUAAUGCAAUGAUCAA